AUGGAAUUGUGGAACUUUGUUUUACGUGACAGUUCUGUUGAUGUGGAACUUAUAAUCAAGCGAGAGAGAGAGAGAAGGCACGGGAGCAGAGGAGAGAAAGGAGAGACCCACGCCAGCCACCGCCGCUUCUGCAGCUCGAAACCCCGCUGCCGCCGCCGGAGUGUGCAUUACCGCUCUCCACCGCCGCUGCUUGUUGUUCUGAACUGCUGCACCGUCGUUGCCGCCAUUCGGGUCACUGGGAACAUGGCAGUGAUCACCGGAACCACCAUCGGAGUUACCGUUAUUUCAAUUCAGCCGUUCGUCCUUGUUUGGCAUACAACAUCAAGGUGCUGUGUCGUCACCGGAGCUGCUGUUGCUCCAUUUUCUCAAUUAUUUGUAAGCCCAGAUUGAGCUAAGGCUAUGUUUAGAGGUUGUGGCUGCUGCGGGGACGGUCGGUAUUGAUGUUGUUGCUGUGGAAUAAGAA